CCCAAUCUCCGCCCCCCGCCCUACUGACUCCAGUUCCCCGGAGCCCCGCAGACCCUGCGCUGCCCGUUCCCAGCUAAGGCUCCGAGGUUCCCGGCCCGGUCCGCCCAGCUGCCCCUCCCCGGGGCAAUGGGGGCGUCCCCGGGCUACCGGCCCUCGGCCUGGGUGCAUCUCCUUCAUCAGCUGCCCCGAGCCGACUUCCAGCUCCGCCCCGUGCCCAGUGGUUUCGCGCCCAGGGAGCAAGAAUACCAGCAGGCCCUGUUGCUGGUGGCAGCCUUGGCGGGCCUAGGCCUGGGCCUGAGCCUCAUCUUCAUCGCUGUCUACCUCAUCCGUUUCUGCUGCUGCCGGUCCCCAGAGCCCCCUGGGGCCAAGAGCCCCCCUUCUGGGGGAGGCUGUGCCACCUGGAGCUGCAUCGCUGCCCUUCUCGUGGGCUGCGCAGGCAUUGGCAUUGGUUUCUAUGGCAACAGCGAGACCAGUGAUGGGGUGUCCCAGCUCAGCUCUGCGCUGCUGCAUGCCAACCACACACUCAGCACCAUUGAUCACCUGGUGUGGGAGACAGUGGAGAGACUGGGUGAGGCAGUGAGGACAGAGAUGACCACCUUGGAGGAAGUGCUGGCACAACGCAUGGAGCUGGUGGCUGCUGCCCGGGGUGCUCGGCGGCAGGCUGAGGCUGUGGCCCAGCAGUUGCAGGGGCUAGCCUUCUGGCAUGGUGUGCCUGUGAGUCCCCUGCAGGUGGCUGAAGAUGUGUCCUUUGUGGAGGAGUACAGGUGGCUGGCCUAUGUCCUCCUUCUGCUCUUGGUGCUCCUGGUCUGCCUCUUCACCCUGCUGGGCCUGGCGAAGCAGAGCAAGUGGCUGGUGGUCGUGAUGACUGCCAUGAGUCUCCUGGUGCUUGUCCUGAGCUGGGGCUCCAUGGGCCUCGAGGCAGCCACAGCUGUGGGCCUCAGUGACUUCUGCUCUAAUCCAGACACCUACAUCCUAAAUGUGACUCAAGAGGAGACAGGUCUUGGCUCAGACAUCCUGAGCUAUUAUUUCCUGUGCAACCAGGAGGUCUCCAACCCCUUCCAACAGAGACUGACUCUGUCCCAGCGAGCUCUGGCCAACAUCCAUUCCCAGCUUCAGGGCCUGGAGCGAGAAGCUAUCCCCCAGUUCCCGGCAGCACAGAAGCCUCUGUUGUCCUUGGAGGAGACACUGAAUAUGACAGAGGGAAACUUCCACCAGCUGGUGGCACUGCUGCACUGCCGCAGCCUGCACAAGGACUAUGGUACAGCACUGCGUGGUCUGUGUGAAGACGCCCUGGAGGGCCUGCUCUUCCUGAUGCUCUUCUCCCUCCUAGCUGCUGGGGCCCUGGCCACCACCCUCUGCAGCCUGCCCCGUGCCUGGGUCCUCUUCCCGCCCAGUGACGACUAUGAGGACACAGAUGAUGAUGACCCUUUCAACCCUCAGGAAUCCAAACGUUUUGUACAGUGGCAGUCGUCCAUCUGAUGCCCUCUUCCCUACCAGCCUUGAGCCCAACAACCUUCCUCGUUCCUUUCCUAGCUGCUGGAGAAGGCCCCACUAACUUGCUCCACCUGGGCUCUGACCACUAACUGCUGGCUAUGGACGCCCUCACAAGACUGCCUCCAGCCCUGGCCCCAGUGCCCCCAAUCUGUCCUUAGCACUGGGGGUAGCUGAGGGAGCAGAGCAGGGACCAGGGAUGGCAGGAGAUGGGGCAGACAAGACCACCCCACAUCCCUCAUCCCUGGCUGCUAGUACCAUACUUGGAGAGACUGAGCUGGGGAUGGGACAUGAGUCUCUCCCUGCUCCUGCCAUAUCGCAGUGGGCUCCGGCCCCCUGAUCUCAACUUGUGGCACUAACUUGGAAAUGGGUUGAUUUGAAAUAAAAGGGAAGACUUUAUUUUACAAGCA